AGCUGUGGUGCCGCGUAGCACGUGGGGCGCGGGACCGGGGCUAGCCGAGCGGGGCCGAACCCAGCCGAGCCGGACCGAGAGGGACCGGACCGGGCCGAGCCGGGCCGAGCCGAGCGGGCCUGAAGGGAUCCAAGCGGAGCCGCCGCCAUGCCCAAGGCGCGAGCCGGGAAGCGCCCGGAGCGCCGGGAGGGCCGCGCCGGCGGCAUCCUCUUCAACACCGGGGCCGGGCAGCACAUCCUGAAGAACCCGCUCGUCGUGAACAGCAUCAUCGAUAAGGCUGCCCUGCGCCGCACGGAUGUCAUUCUGGAAGUGGGCCCGGGAACCGGGAAUCUAACAGUAAAGAUGCUGGAGAAAGUCAAAAAAGUUAUUGCAUGUGAAAUUGACCCUAGACUUGUUGGUGAGCUUCAGAAGAGAGUCCAGGGCACGUGUCUAGCAAACAAACUUGAAAUCAAGGUUGGAGAUAUCUUGAAAACAGACUUACCAUUCUUUGAUGCAUGUGUGGCUAACUUGCCUUACCAGAUUUCUUCACCUUUUGUUUUCAAGUUAUUGCUUCACAGACCUUUUUUCAGGUGUGCAAUACUUAUGUUUCAAAGGGAAUUUGCACUUCGUUUGGUUGCAAAACCAGGAAGUAAACUGUACUGCAGACUCUCUAUUAAUACUCAGUUAUUAGCUCGAGUGGACCAUCUGAUGAAGGUUGGAAAGAACAACUUCAGGCCUCCUCCCAAAGUGGAAUCCAGUGUUGUCAGAAUAGAGCCAAAGAAUCCCCCACCACCUAUCAACUUCCAGGAGUGGGAUGGUCUGGUAAGGAUAGCCUUUGUUAGGAAAAACAAGACACUCUCUGCAGCAUUUAAGUCAAGUGCUGUAGAGCAGUUGCUGGAUCAUAAUUACCGAAUUCAUUGUUCCUUACAUAAUACAGAAAUCCCUGAAAACUUCAAAAUUGCCGAGAAAAUACAGACAGUCCUAAAAGAUACGGGUUACUCUGAAAAACGAGCCCGUUCAAUGGAUAUAGAUGAUUUCAUUCGAUUACUACAUGGCUUCAAUUCAGAAGGCAUCCAUUUUUCAUAGAUCCUGCUAGAAGAAUGAAAGAUGCUGUAUUUUUUCACCAAAGUUUUACUCAAGCCACAGUGAGAGCAGUGGGACAAGCUCUUCUCAAACAAGCAAUGAACAGAAUACAGCAUAUGUGCUUGGACUUGCAAUAAAAUGUUCGAUGCAGUUUUAUCACAGACAGUAGGCAAGAAGCUGCUGCUCAGUAUUUUAAAAGCAGUAAAUUCUUUCAGAGCUGAAGUGAGGUGCUGGACUACCUCACGACAGUGUUUUUCUAAGUAUACCCCAAACAUGGAUUGAUGAUAAUUGAAAUCUGUGCUCUCUGAUCACAGACUUCACCUCAGUAUAUUCACGCACAGUACUCGACAGUACAACCCAUAAGGGGUCUGGACAGCAAAAAGAAAGGUGUAGUAAUUCCUUUUUUAUGGUAUCAGUUGUUUGUGUGUUUGUUUUAACAUGUAUUUAAACACUUCCUUUUGAUUUGAGAUGCCUGUCUCCCAUCCCUGUGGUAAAUACCAGCACUCCAAGCCUGUUAGUAAUCUGCUUCUCUUAGAGAAUCUUAGUGAGUGUUUCUCAGAAAACAAAAGAAUUUACCUUGUGGGCUUGAUACCACUUAGAGAAUUGCCUUUAACCUCUCCUCCACUGUAGGAACUGGAAAAAAAACACCAAUGGGCCAGGGCUCAAACACAGACAGAAGGGUUGGGUUUUUUGUUAACUAAGUUCAAGUAGCUAUUUUUUAAGGUAACUACUUCACCCUUAAGGCAGGCAGAAGUUUUAGCAUGAAUCACAGCUUUCAGUGACAUUUACAGCAAUGCAUGCAAAUUAGCAAAACCUCCUCUAAGAAAAUCUUCAUUUAUCCGCAUCAUUGAAUCAGUAAGUUUGGAAAAGAUGUUUUAAGACUGAGUGCAGCUAGCAGCCCCACUGACGUCCUGUGUCAAUUUUUUAAAAGUCAUUGAUUCAGAAGCAUGUAUAGAAAUCCGCACUCAAAUUUACAGGCAUCCUGAAGCAUUGACUUCAUAAACUGAAUUGCACAUUUGUUUCACAAUUUAAUAAUUCAAUAAUUCUAAUGCUGCUUCACUUCAUGCAGAACCAAAUGAUGAGUCAGGUAAAUAGCCACAAGGACUAAUACAGAAGGAACAAGUGCUGAAGAUACGUGUCACACUUCCUAAAUGCUUUUGUUUUACAGGAGAGGAAUUAGGGAUAAGCUUGUUCCAAUCCUGUUCAAAUAAUUUCAGUCCAUUAUGGCAGUGGGCUGCAGGAAUUCAAGUGCCACAACCAGUCCUAUCAAUUUUUCUUGAUUCUCACUGCUUCAGUAUCAGUGUAGCUCUGACUUGGAGCAGCCUCUGGCACAAAGAUUGGCAGUAGACACAGUUUCAGCUUGCAUGUGCUACUUGCCAGGACACAUGUAAUUUACAGGGCUUUGUAAAAAGGUGCUGAAAGAUGACUCUCCUUUUUGGACUCACAAUAAGCCACAGCCUGGUUGUGAUGCUAGGCUUGCAUGAGUGAAUAGUAUGGAAGCCACUGUUACUCCUGUAGGAUGCCUCAGCUUUUUAGAAAAUAAGAAUUCUCCAGAGCAGCUUCAGAGAAAACCUCUGACAUUAUAUGAUAACUUGUACUAGCACCUGAUACCACAAUCUGCUGCCUUCCAUUCAAUUGUUUUUUUCUUUUAGCUGUGAUGGGUGAUGAUCUCGAAAAAAUGUUCAGGAAGAGGUGUGAUUUUUUUUUUUAACAUCUGCUGCAAAACUAAAGUCAGGACGGUGGUCUGGGGAACUUCUUUCUACAUAACAAACCUGCACAGAAGAGUUGGCUUCAUUUUGAAGUUAGAGGCCUUUUCAAAAAUAUAACGCGCUUAUAAAUUGAAACCCUUCCCAAAGCAUAACAAAAAUUCUCAGAUGUAAUUCAUUUAAUAGCUUAAUUUAUUAAACACAUUAUGUAAAAUCUA